UCGUGAAGUACAGAGGCGUAGCGGCGAACACGAGCAGGAAGACAGGAGCAGCAAAGAUCUCUUUCCACACUCUGCGAGACCUUCCCGACGAGGCGACGAGCACUCUCCGAUGGCAUCUCAGGACUCCAAGACCGCGCAAGACCCAGUCACCACCGAGCCGUCAUCCCCGGCGACCGCUGCCGCAGGGGAGGCGCCUACGAACCCCACCGCCCCCACACCAGCCCAAAACCCUAGUUCUGCCGCGGCUGCGGCGGUAGGUGACGCGGCCACGGAUUUGGAGAAGAAGAUGCGCCGCGCGGAGCGGUUUGGGACGCAGGUGGUGAUGUCCGAGGAGGAGAAGCGAAGCAGUCGCGCCGAGAGGUUUGGGACUGUAUCUUCAAAUGAGAAGAUGGAGGAGCAGAAGAAGAAGUCCAGGGCUGAGAGGUUUGGCAUUACCUCGUCCUCUACUGAUGCUAACGAGGCUAAGAAGAAAGCUCGUUUAGAACGAUUUGGUCCGAAUACAAAUACGAAUGUUAGCAAGGCAGAAGAAGAUAAACGAAAGGCACGAGCUCUCAGGUUCGCAGAAACGCCUAGUGGAUCAUCUGAAGGAAAUGACAAGGACACCUCCAAGCCGGAUGCUGCCACUGUGGCUGGCACGGCAUGAUGGAAGCAGUCCCUGCUGUUUGCGAGGGUCUCAGGUAUUCCCCGAGAGACUUUGGUGAAGCCAUAGUUUGUAUAACGCUAACGAGACCAGUGCAUGAUGUUGUCGGAGCCAUUUCGAGCGCUGUUUACUGUGUAGCACUUGAAUGACUUCCUUACUGUACUUGCUGGGCAGCGUAUUGUUGUUUGCUGCUUGGUUCGGGGACACUUGUACUUCAGCUUCCCUCUUUGUAGUGACGACAUUUCUUAGCCAUGGCCUUGUGUUCCUUUA